AUGGACCUUGCAAUAGAUCGUCGCCAAUUCUUAAUUAAGAUAUCUGAGAUGGGAAUGACAAACGACGAGUAUGUGUUCCUUCUGUUGGGAAUGCGUAGCAAUGCUUUCGGUAGAAGCGGUACUGGGAAGGAAGUUCUUUCGAAUGGGUUGACUCCAAUAUGGGAAGAUGGUGUUAAUGAUAAUGCAGAUGGGAUGGACAAUGUAGCGAAGUCAGCUGCAAAAUAUAUGAUAUUAGACCUCAACUCUAGUGGUGUAAAUCAGAGCUAUAUUGCCUACUUCAAGAGUCACGUGUUGUCCAGGGUGCGGGAGAAUCCUCUUUUCUGCAAAACUCCCGAGUGCUUGUCGAACAGCAAUCAAACGGGAGGAAUCUUUGCCAGACAUCUACACGAUACUUUUUACGCGUAUGGGUUAGGUCUAACACGUGAGCCAACAUUCUAUCACGAUGCCGCCAAUAUUACACAGGCAAUAAACGGCAACUUUACAGGUCUCACGGGAGAAGUGCAAAUGACUGCUAAUAAUACUCGUGUUGCUGAGUACAUGCUGUACUACUUAGAUCCAAGCUUUCAGCAACAAAUCUACAUGAAAAUAGUUAACCAGAUCAACGAUGUAGCAGUCACGCCGCUGGCAUCAGAUGAAAAGGACUCUAUUUGGGCAGUCAGAAAUGGGCACAGACCUCUAUCGACACCAAUAUGCGGAUUUUCUGGAACGGAUUGUCCGAAAAAGUUCUGGGAUGCUUAUGCGGUAUACGUGGGCGUCGCUAUAGCAUUAAUAUUUAUUUUCAUAGUGACUGCUGUAUGCCUACUGGUUCUCUCCUGCAGGGAAAAGAUUCGAACGCAGCAGCAACUGAUGAAUGAGUGGAAGCUGGCCUAUAAUAGAAUCACAAUUAUCACCAAGGAGAUGGAAAUGAAGGGAAAGAGCUAUCGUUCGCUACAGUCAGGGCCUUCAACAAUAACAUCCAGUAGUGUGUUCGAUGAUGAGAACAAUAUCUUCAAGGUUGCUCUUCUGGACAAAGAUCCCGUUCUUAUCACGAAUCAUCCUCCAACUUUACUGUCAAAUUCGUUUUAUAAUGAUUGUCUCAAGCUGCGCAAGCUUGAUCAUGACAACAUAAACAAAUUCUUGGGAUUCUCCUACGAUGGCAUGGACUACGUAGUGGUCUGGAAAAUGUGCUCGCGAGGCAGUCUUCUGACCGUGAUCACGAAAUCGAUUAUGUCCACCGACUCCUUUUUCGUGUUGUGUAUCAUCCGAGACAUUGCAGAGGGUCUCAACUACAUCCAUCACUCCUUCGUGCUUUGCCACGGUCGCCUAACGUCAGCAUGCUGUCUCCUAACAGAUGCAUUUCAAGUGAAGAUUUGUGACUACGGGAUGUCGGAGCUCACCAGAAUAUCGGAAAUUAAACACAAACUGUGGUCAGCGCCAGAAGUGCUGAACAGUUCCACACCAUGUAACACAAAAGCUGGAGAUAUUUAUUCGUUUGCGAUUAUUGCAGCUGAAACCAUUAACAGAAAACCAGCCUGGUUACUUUAUGACGGGAACAUGCGCGAAGAAGAUAUCAUCGCUAGAGUAAAGAAGGGAGCUACUGUUCCGUUGCGUCCACAACUGCAAUCGGAUCUACUGGAUGUCCCAUCAGAACUAAUAACCUCAGUGCGGAACUGCUGGAGAGAGAAACCUGACAACCGCCCGUCCAUUGAUUCCAUAUGUGAUCAGAUGAAAGAAGUGAUGAGUACAGCUGGUCAAACAAACCUUAUGGACCACGUUUUCGCCAUUUUAGAGGAACAUACAGCAUCACUCGAGCUGGAGGUAGAAGACCGCUCCAAAGAACUUAUGGAAGAAAAGAAAAAAGCUGACCUCUUACUUUCACGGAUGUUGCCAAGGCAAGUGGCCGAACGCUUGAAGUUGGGGCAGUCGGUGGAGCCUGAGGGAUUCGAUAGUGUCACAGUAUUCUUCUCCGAUAUCGUGAAAUUCACAAUACUUUCUUCGAAAUGCUCCCCUUUCCAGGUAGUGAGCCUUCUUAACGAACUCUAUGGAAAUCUUGAUGCUAUUAUAGAAGAACACGAUGUGUACAAGGUGGAAUCGAUAGGAGAUGGAUACCUCUGUGUGUCAGGACUUCCACUGAGAAAUGGACAUCAGCAUGUUAAGGAGAUUGUUGAGAUGUCCGUCUGUUUCAACGAAUACGUGGACAGUUUUAAGAUACCGUCACUUCCACGUGAAAAGGUCCAGUUACGAAUUGGAGUCAACAGCGGACCAUGUGUGGCUGGUGUUGUUGGUUUAAGCAUGCCUCGUUACUGUUUAUUCGGGGAUACCGUCAAUACCGCAUCAAGGAUGGAAAGCAAUGGCAAAUCUGGGAAGAUCCAUCUCAGCAAAAGCUCACUGACCCUGUUGGAACGUCACUAUGAAGGAGUGUACGACAUAGAAAGCCGCGGAGAUGUCAUAAUCAAGGGAAAAGGAAUAAUGGAGACGUAUUUUGUCAAUAGUCGACGCGAUGGACACUGGAACGUCGAUGAACGUGCGCAAAUCUCCAGAGAAGGAACGCCAGAACCUAAUGACGUUGAAAAUACCACAGAAUCGAAUCAUCCUCUUUAUAGAGAAUAUAAACUCCAAAAUAUCUAA